UAAUUUAUAGCUUAGAUAUAUCCUAAACUAAUUUUGCCCAAUUAAGUGAAAAAGAUAAAAAUAAAUAAAUGAUAACAACAUUUCUCAAAUUUGUAAAUAUUUUCUUCCCAUAUUAUGGAAAUUGUCAUGGAUGAUUCGAGUGGUCUUACUAGUAUUAGGAAUUUAGGAAUGUCUAAUAGCGUUUGAGCCAACUCGCAAAGUCGUUUCUGUUUUGGUUUUAUAUAACAAGCGGAUGAAUGCCAGUGUCUCUCACUAUCUACACCAACUAAAGCUCUGCGCAAGAAGCCAGACAUCUUCCACAGCCAAGAAACUCCACGCCCAAAUCAUCAAAGCAGCACUACAUCUCUGCCCGCCCUUACCCAACACCCUCUUAGACGUCUACGGCAAAUGCGGUCUCGUCGGAGACGCACUCCACCUGUUCGACGAAAUGCCUCACAGAGACCACGUCUCAUGGGCUUCACUUCUCACGGCACACAACCAAGCCAGCCUCCCCCACCGGACUCUCUCCAUGUUCCGCAUUAUGUAUGAGUCGGACUCUUUGCUGCCGGACCAUUUUGUUUUUGCUAGUGUUGUCAAGGCUUGCUCUAGCUUGGGAGCUAUUAGGCAAGGCAAGCAAGUUCAUGCACGCUUUAUGUUAUCGCAGUUUUGCGAGGAUGAUGUUGUUAAGUCGUCUCUUGUUGAUAUGUAUGCGAAAUGUGGCUUGCCUGAUAAUGCUCGUGCGGUUUUUGAUUCGAUUUCAAAGAGGAGUGUGGUUUCUUGGACUGCAAUGAUUUCCGGGUAUGCUAGAAGUGGAAGGAAAUCGGAUGCAAUGGAAAUGUUUGAGAAGCUGCCGGUGAAGAGUUUGUUUUCGUGGACUGCUUUGAUAUCCGGGUUGGUGCAAAGUGGAAAUGGUGUUGAUGCACUGUACUUGUUUAUUGAAAUGAGAAGAGAAAGGGUUGAUAUAGUGGAUCCGUUGGUUCUUUCGAGCACUGUUGGAGCUUGUGCUAAUUUGGCAGUCUUGGAGCUUGGAAAGCAGGUUCAUGGCCUGGUUAUUGGUCUUGGGUAUGGGUCGUGCUUGUUUAUUAGUAAUGCACUGGUGGAUAUGUAUGCAAAAUGUAGUGACAUUUUAGCUGCGAAGGAUAUUUUCGGUGGAAUGCAACAAAAAGAUGUAGUUUCUUGGACUUCCAUAAUUGUUGGGGCGGCUCAGCAUGGGCGAGCUGAGGAAGCAUUGACUUUAUAUGAUGGCAUGGUUGGAGCUGGAAUUAAGCCUAAUGAAGUUACAUUUGUUGGACUGAUUUAUGCUUGUAGUCAUGUUGGUUUCGUUAGCAAAGGACGUGCCAUUUUCAGAUCUAUGAUUGAAGAUUAUGGAAUUCGUCCCUGUCUGCAGCACUAUACAUGUUUCUUGGAUCUUCUUAGUCGCUCUGGACAUCUUAGUGAAGCUUUGAAUGUUAUUAAUUCAAUGCCGUUUGAGCCUGAUGAACCCACUUGGGCAGCUUUACUAAGUGCUUGCAAGCAGCAUGGAGAUACCCAAAUGGGUAUCAGGGUUGCUGAUCAUCUUUUAAGCUUAAACCCAGAAGAUCCUUCAAGUUAUAUACUGUUAUCUAAUGUCUACGCUGGUGCUGGUAUGUGGGAAAAUGUAGCAAAAGUGAGAAAGUUGAUGACAGCGAGAGAAGUUAAGAAGAAUCCAGGUUACAGUUCCAUCGACAUUGGAAAGGAAAGCCAAGUGUUUUAUGCUGGAGAGACAUCUCAUCCUAUGAAGGAUGAGAUAUUCGAUUUGCUUAAAGAGUUGGAUGCAGAGAUGAGGAAAAGAGGCUAUGUUCCCGACAGUAGCUUUGUUUUACAUGACAUGGAGCAGCAAGAGAAAGAAAAGCAGCUGUUUUGGCAUAGUGAGAGGCUGGCAUUGGCUUAUGGGCUUCUGAAGGCUGUUCCAGGGACACCUAUCCGGAUAGUGAAAAAUCUUCGUGUUUGCGGAGAUUGUCACACGGUAUUGAAACUCAUAAGCAGUAUUGUGAAGAGGGACAUCAUUGUUAGAGAUGCCACUAGAUACCACCAUUUUAGUAAAGGAGAAUGUUCAUGCAAUGACUUUUGGUAACACAAUAUCUGUGGAUUGGAACUCUUCUGAAGCUCCCUACUCCAGACAUUGGAUCUGCCUUUGGGUUUUGCUCAGGUUCUUUAUAGCCUUUGAGUUAGGUUUCUGUUCAUUUGAGUUUUAUCUCUAAUUUUGUCUGACAUUGCUUUUAGGCUUGCUAAUUUUUUGUUCUAUCUACUUUCUUUAGGUUCAUAUAACUAACAGAUUUGAACACUAGUUCCUAUUGAUUAUGGCCAUUAAGCCCAGCUAAUACUCUUUUGCUUGACCAAUUGUGUCGUCUCUUUCAAUGCUAUGGUUGCACAAGAGUUUUUCCGAUAUGAGAGGAAUAUAAUGUCUCUCAUGGCGCAAUUUCCCCAUCCAAAUUCAAGGACACAGCUGGAAGACAAUAUAUGAAGGCCCAGACUGUGAUACUCAUCUAUCUGCAGUAACUGUGAGACUGAAUCUGGUGAUAGUAGCAGAUCAUGACAGUCGUGCCCAAACUAAUGCAUCUUUAUGGAGAAGGCAAGAAGCUGAAGAGUAUACCUCACCGGUCACCAGUUUCAUGUGUAAGCUGAAUAGAUACCUUGCUUUCUCCCGUAUGCUUGUGUCUGAGGCUUAACUAGUCAAUGCAACCGUUAUUUACUUUCACUAUAUAGUUAGCUAUUAAUGUCAAUAUGAUUUUUCACUUCACUGGCUUUUUUUUGUUUUGUUUUUUUUUGGUUCUUUCUCUUCUCUUACUGUAAUUGGAAUACAAGAAUAGUAGAUGGUGAAGGCGAAUUGAAAUACCUACAAGAAUAGUAGGUGGAUCAUGAUAAUUUUCUCCCUCCUUGAU